AUCCUCUCGUGAUAAACGUAUCACAUGAUCAACCAAUGUCAAAAUGGCUGUGAAUAUAAAAAUUAAGGGUGCCACAAACGGUUUGAGCCAACAAGCUGCGCUAAAUGAGCAUAAACUAGCUGUAACACGAGAUUAUAUAUCUCAGCCGAGACUGACUUACAAGACAGUGUCAGGUGUAAAUGGACCUCUGGUCAUUCUAGAUGAAGUUAAGUUUCCAAAAUUUUCUGAGAUUGUAAACUUGACAUUGGCUGAUGGAACUAUACGAAGUGGACAGGUGCUUGAAGUCAGUGGCACUAAGGCAGUUGUACAGGUGUUUGAGGGCACCCAUGGUAUAGAUGCUAAGCACACAACAUGCGAGUUUACAGGUGACAUUCUGAGAGUGCCGGUGUCAGAGGACAUGUUGGGUCGUGUAUUUAAUGGUUCAGGUAAAGCUAUUGAUAAAGGUCCUCCUGUACUGGCAGAAGACUUCCUGGAUAUUCAAGGUCAGCCUAUUAACCCCUGGUCUCGUAUUUACCCCGAGGAAAUGGUACAGACUGGUAUAUCAGCUAUAGACACUAUGAACAGUAUCGCCAGAGGACAGAAAAUUCCAAUCUUCUCAGCUGCUGGUCUACCACAUAAUGAAAUUGCUGCCCAGAUCUGUCGACAGGGAGGUCUCGUCAAACUGCCAGGAAAGAGUGUUAUGGACGAUCAUUCUGACAACUUCGCUAUUGUGUUUGCUGCUAUGGGAGCUAACAUGGAAACAGCUAGAUUUUUCAAACAAGAUUUUGAGGAGAACGGCUCUAUGGAAAAUGUGUGUCUUUUCUUGAACUUGGCCAAUGACCCAACUAUUGAACGUAUUAUCACACCACGUAUUGCAUUAACAACAGCAGAAUUCUUGGCUUACCAAUGUGAAAAACACGUAUUAGUCAUUCUCACAGACAUGAGUUCCUAUGCUGAAGCCUUGAGAGAAGUAUCAGCAGCUAGAGAAGAAGUACCUGGUCGUCGUGGUUUCCCAGGUUACAUGUACACUGAUUUAGCCACCAUCUAUGAGAGAGCUGGUCGAGUUGAGGGUAGAAAUGGAUCAAUUACACAAAUUCCUAUCCUUACUAUGCCAAACGAUGACAUCACUCACCCUAUCCCUGAUUUGACUGGUUAUAUCACAGAGGGACAGAUCUAUGUUGACAGACAGCUUCAUAACAGACAGAUCUAUCCACCAAUCAAUGUGCUUCCAUCACUGUCAAGAUUGAUGAAGUCUGCUAUAGGAGAGGGUAUGACAAGAGAAGACCAUUCUGAUGUAUCAAACCAACUGUAUGCUUGUUAUGCUAUUGGUAAGGAUGUACAGGCCAUGAAAGCUGUGGUUGGAGAGGAGGCUCUGACGCCAGAAGAUUUGCUCUACCUCGAAUUCCUGACUAAAUUUGAGAAAAACUUUAUUUCACAAGGCCAUUACGAGAACAGAACAAUUUUUGAAUCUCUGGAUAUAGGAUGGCAACUUUUGCGUAUCUUCCCUAAGGAAAUGUUAAAAAGAAUUCCAGCAAGUACGCUAGCCAAGUACUACCCGAGAGACGCACAGAAAGCCGCACAAAAAGCCGCAGCAGCGCAGCAGAAACAACCAGAAAAACAACCUCUUCCCGAGCAUAGCACACAGUUAUAGGAAUAUGAACAUUAUUUGUAAAUUAACAAAUUGGCGGACCAUUGUCUUUGCAGACGUUUUGAACAUUAUAUUGUCUUUUGAACAUAUAUUGAAAGAUCAUUGUCUCAAUUUCAAUCUAUUUCACAUGGUUUAUUCAAUCUUAGUGAAGUACAAAAUCUUACAGAAACAUCUUUUUUCAGAAAAUUGUUUAUCGUUAUAUUUAUAUACUGUAGCAUUGACCGUGAAAAAUGCAAAUGCAUUCAGAAUUUUAUUCAGAAUUGUUCUUUAAGCACUUCACACCACCUUGCAAAAUAAAUCAAAAGAUUGUAUAACAAUUGUAUGAGACUUCUACUGUAAGUGCAGAUAUUUAACUGAAAAGUUAAACUUUGUUGGUCAGAUUUUGGUACUACUGCUUUUCCCCUGCAUAUCAGCAAAUGACCGCAUAGGGUGCAGAAUCAAGGAUGAAAACAGCAAAUAAUGCGUAACUUGGAAAUGUAGCUAGAAUUGAUGGAUUCAGUUAAAUGUCUGUUUUUACAGUAUUUGACUUCAUGCAGAACUUGUGAUAUCUAUUCAGCAGAAGUGAGCCUAUUUGUAUAUUUUGGUCUUCUACUUAUUGCUAGUACGACACAUUUAGCUGAAUGCCGUUCAGUUUUAUGUUACGAGAGAUGUAAAUAAUUUCUCUAAAGAAGUUGGUCCGUAGAUACGAAUCUUUCAUAUCAUAUAAAAUGUCAAUAAAUAACGACAUAAUUGCAAUGCAUUUCGAUCUGAAAUUGUUGUUUAAACAUUCCAGUUUAUUUCCGAUUCAAAAUUUGCCAAGUGUUCAUAUAUUUUGACGUAUACUUGUGCCAGUUCACAGGAAUCUAGGUAGUUUCACACACACACAAAAAAAAACAUAAUUAGACUGCAGAAAUUAAAAAGAACUGAUGCAAGUUUAAGUACUUUUGUACUGGCUAUUGUAAUUCAGAAAUCCAGAACCAUGACGUAAUCAUGUAUAUAAGGUCGGAGGCAGAACAGAAAACUCUUUAUCCAGUGAAAUAAAGUGUACUCGAGUUUUCUGUUAAACCUUCGAAAUGUAGGUGUUAUAACUUUGUUAUGGUAACUAGUCAGACUUCAACAUCUUACCCGUUAUGAUCAAUGAAUUGUGUUAUCAUCCAUAACAUGUGUUUUGAUCAUGGUAUUGUGUCAUGAUCAAUGAGUUGUGUUAUGAUUGGAGUAUACUGUGUUAUGAUGAAUCAUUUCUCCAUGUAAAUAUAGCAAUAGUUAUGCUUUCUACACAAAUUUUUAUAGAAGUAAUAUAUUUGUGUACAUUUAGUGUCAAUGUUAUUUGUGUUUAUGAUAUUUAUGUUUUUGAAUGACGAAAUUUUAUAUAAAGCACAGGUUUGAAGCCGAGUGUUGUUAAGAAAGUAUUGUUUAAAUGUAUCAUUGAUUUCUGUUUGGUAAUUGCUUUUUCUAUUGUUUUAAUUACCAUGUUUCCAAUCAGUUCAGGGUAGUACUAUAGAUAUAAUUAUGUUAUACAAGAAGACUGUGCUCUGUUUGCAUAUAUGAUAAACACUUAAAAAUGUUAAAUAUUGAGGCUGCCAGAUUUCUUUUACUUGAAAACACAAGCUGGCAUCUCUUACUUUUUUGUAUUAAAUGGUGCUUCUAGCACAUAGUGGAUAACAUACAAAUUGCCACUCAGUUAUAUAUUUCUGAAUAUGGUGAAAGUAAAUUAUUUGUUGACCUAGAGUUCAGAGGUUCCAUUCCACACAGACCACAAAUUUGACAAAAGUUCACUUUUCCACAUUCUGUUAAAUUUCUGGCAGUGUAAAAUCACUAUAUUUUUAUAGGGGGUUACUGGUGGGGUGGAGAUUUACAUUUUUUUUUCAGAGUGGCAUUAAUAUGAAAAAUUAAAUAUUAAUGAAGAAAUAAAAGUUUCUAUUUAUUUGUUAUAGUAAGUUUAAAUCACAAAUUUAAUUCAUCACUACACAGCAGCCAUUUCAGCCGUAAAACUGCAUUUUAAUUGUUAACAAAAUAAAACAGUCUCACUGUAUUUUCUGGUAAAAAGUCAUAAGCCAGGUUUAAACUUUAAUACAUCCAUCGUCAAAUAUUCAAGGCCCGUCUUUGUGACUGCAAACUUUUUAAGGAUUAGAUGAAAGUAUUUAGUUUUCCAUUUGGUUUCACUUUUCUUAAUUUUAGAAUGUCAGUCUUGUUUGUUAAAAGUGUAUUCAAGAGUAUUUUAUUUCUAGUCUGGCUAGAAUAGUAAAGUAUUUAUGAAAAGUCUGUAGUUAAGAUUAAAUGUGUUUGUUCUUGUUUACUGCAAAUAUGUUAAUGAUGAUCGAAAUUUGAGACCAUUUAUACUGUAAAUUUUCACUAUUUUUUAUAGGUCCAAUACUAAGGAAAGUGAACAUUUUAAUUUCUUUUAAAAAGCACAGAAACUGUUUCAUUUUAUUGGAAAAUGAAAGUUGGUAUGUAGAAAUUCAAAAUAAAUCGCAGUAUAUGUACAAUUAUUUUUCUAUGAAGUAUGAAGAAAGUUAAAAAGACCUGGGGGGUCAUUUUGUCGAUUCAUUGAAAUUUCAACAUAAUACACAUACAUUUCUUUGAGUUCCAAAGACCUUCUGUAAAUUUUGACCUGCCAAUCUUCAUUAUUUAGUGUCUUGCAGAAGUCUAUGCACUGGCUAUGAAAAAAAUUGCCAACUCACUUUCCCUUAGUAAUGGACCUUUAAGAACUUAUGCAUUUACAACCUGGGAACAUCAUCAAUGCACUUCUCCCAUAAAUUCUACUGGAAACUCUCCCAAUGUGUUAAUUUAGAUAUUCUUAUGUAAUUACUAUAAUAUAAUGUCUAAGUCAAUUCAAUUUGGUCUUAGAAAAGGAAAGGGAAUAUUUUUUUCCUGGUCUUAGAAAAGGAAAGGGAAUAUUUUUUUCCCAGUUCUAGGUAUGAAUGUAGAACGUAUUUUGUGAAAUGUAUGGUUUCUUCAUCCAGAAUACUUGUAAACAGACUGGAAUUGUUCAUACUUGACCUUAGUUUAGGACACUUUUGGUCUCAACUUUAAUAUAGUGUAGUAUCAUUUAUAGUAUCAUUUUCUCAUACAUUAUUUUCUUCAGUAUACCAGUUCUUCAGUAACACUUCAAAAUUAGGAACUUUCAUUUUCUCUUUAGUGGUGGUUUCGAUAGUUUUUAUGUUUCAGUAUAUGCUAUUGUGCAGAGCACAUUGGUUUUUAAAAAAAAUUCUAACAUAAAAUUGCUGUUCUUGUGACUUUUAGGGGGUGUUUUAACAGGAUAGAAAAUGUGUGUUAACAGAGAGAUUCUCACGCUCACAUGCUGUUAAAAAACCUUUUUAUAUAUGCGCGUUACAUGGCAAAGCGUAACCGCAUUACAGCCCCAAAACGGAUAAUUCAAAAGGAAAUGACGUAAAUGUGAAAAAAACAACACAAACAUUCUCGUGCGUUUCAUGGAAACUUACUGGCAUUAAGGGAUAAUUUAUUGGUUUAUUUGUUUUUUAUGCAUUUAUGUUAGAAUAGCGUUAAUGCAUGUUCAUUCCCUUGGGAUUCUGCAGAUGUUAUAACACGAAAAAACAUGCGUUAUCCCAACACAAAAAAACACCAACAAUAUUUAACUUUAAAUUUGACCAGUUUUUAUAGAAACUGGGUAAAAUAUCUAUAUAUUGGUUUUUGACGUAUUGUAAUGACGUUGUUUGAAAAUGGAUAUGCCAGUAUAUUUUACAUCCUCAUAUCAUUGUGUCGUUGAUCUGUUUGAAUGUUUUUAUAUGUGAUAGCAUCUUCAUAAUUAUGUCUGUGUAGUCAAUAAUGUAAACAAGCAAUGUAAAAACAGGAAAUAAAAAUAGAAACUGAGAA